AUGUCAACACCAAUUCUAGAGAAGGAACAACACUCGUUUCCGGCAUUUCCAACAGACCCUCAACAUAAUGAUCACCAAGAAUCAUCUCGACAGGAACAUCGCUCGUCUGAUGAAGAUGGAACUUUAAGAGGUGAACACCCUUACGAUGAUAGUCAUGACCAUCAUGACCACCAUAACCACCAUCAUGAGCAAGAAAUGGAUAACAACCACCUGGGAGUUGCCACAAGUUUCACCAAUGAUCCGGAACACCUCAGCAAAAGAAGUCAGUCGCCAUUAUCUGCUGCAGCACGGAGAGAGCAAUCGCGGCGACUUGACGAUGACCUUGAGAUGCUUCGGGUAGAGCGCGUAAUAUCGAACGAAGAAAAGGAAGAUGGCCACAGUAUGGGUAAAUCACUGAUGUCGAGAUCGAGGGGAGGAGGUGCAGAACCCAUUGAUGAUUUCGACGUCAAUACCACGCCCAUCCACGAGAAGACCAAGAUAUAUAGGCCACCAGCACAUCCUGCCACGACACUUGCAAAGUUUUUUAAGAAGGUUCACGGCUCUAGCAUUCUAGUUCGAUAUUUCGUCUACAUCACGCCAGUGAUGUUACUACUUUUAAUUCCCCUCUUGUUUGGACUUCUUCUUUUUGAAAACUCUACAGUUGGAGGUGUGAAGCUUUUCUGGUUUGGAAUUUGGUUGGAAAUUGUUUGGUUGACUUUAUGGCUUGCGAGAAUCAUCGCCAAAUGCAUCCCGUAUCCCAUGGGCCUGAUAUCCAGCUUAUUCACAAAUAACGACAAGAAAUGGAGAGAUUUAGGGAAAUCACUAGAGGUUCCAGCAACCUUGUUCUUCUGGUGGCUGGCCGUUGAAAUUUCUUUCCUCCCAACGAUGAAGAACCAUCAUCUUGAUGGAGACAAAACAACUCGUGACUGGGAACUCACUUGCAACAAGAUCAUCGUGUCGGUUUUCGUCGGAGCAACCUUGAACUUCAUUGAAAAAAUCAUCAUUCAACUCAUUGCCAUCAGUUUUCACUUGCGAACAUACUCGGACCGAAUCGAACUCAACAAAUUUCAAAUUCAGAGUUUGGUCAAAUUGUACAAAUAUUCAAAGGAAAAGAUUGAAGAGCUAGAUGCGGAUUUUGAAGAUCAUAGUGCGCAGGCGGGUGUUAGAUCUGGGGCUCGUACUCCAAUGGUUUAUGUCAAUAAAGCGCAGAAAAACGCGAGAAAUGUCUUUACCAAAGUUGGAGAUGUCGCGGGUAAAGUAGCUGGAGAUUUUACCGGAAGAGCCGUAACAUCAAGUACUCAUCCACAUCAAGUAAUUCUGCAGCUUUUGAAUACUACAACCGGAUCUCAAGUCCUCGCUAGAAGACUUUACCGAACUUUUGUACAUGAUGAUUCGGAUACUAUUCUUGCAGAGGACUUAACACUCGCUUUCGACAACGAAGAAGAAGCCGAAGCAGCAUUUACCAUGUUCGAUAAAGAUUUGAACGGGGAUAUUUCAAUGGAAGAACUCGAAACAGUUUGUGUUGAAAUUGGACGAGAACGAAAAGCCAUUACUGCCUCGCUCAAAGAUUUGGAUUCCGUCGUCAGUAAACUCGACGAUAUACUAUUGUUUAUCGUCGUAGUCAUUACCAUAUUGGUAUUCAUCUCUCUAAUCUCCACUUCUGCAUCUGGUGUCUUGACAUCCGCUGGAUCAUCGGUCUUGGCUCUUUCCUGGUUGUUUACUGCUACUGCUCAAGAGUUCUUACAAUCCAUCAUCUUCGUUUUCGUCAAGCAUCCUUUCGAUGUCGGUGACCGAGUUACGAUUUACGGAAACACGGGAUCCAAAUUACAAGGUGACGAUUAUUUCGUAAAAGAAAUUUCUCUCCUCUUUACCGAAUUCAAAAAGAUGGAAGGGCAUGUUGUACAAGCUCCGAAUAGUUACCUCAAUACGCUUUUCAUCCUGAAUCAGCGUCGCUCAGGUGGUCUCGCCGAAGCUGUACCUAUCACUGUUAAAUUCGGCACAUCUAUCGAACAACUCGAACAACUCCGCGAAGAACUCGUCAAAUUCGUACAGACCGAAAAACGCGAAUACCAAGGUAAAAUCAUCACCGAAGUAACAACCAUCUAUGAAAACUACUCCAUCACAUUCAACGUCGUCUUCUUCUACAAAUCCAGUUGGCAAAAUGAAUUAUUACGUCUCCAACGCCGCAACAAAUUCAUCAUCGCCAUGAUCUGCGCAAUGGAAGAUCUAGGAAUCCAAGGUCCACGUCAACGACUCGCCGGUUUCGCCCAAGAAAAUCCAGUCUACUUCAAUGGAGCUUAUCCACCUCCCUACCAACCCAACCCAGAACAAUCCGAAUUUGGACCCGGACCACGCUCCGGAUCUCUCGCUCGUGAUCAAGGGCCUAUAGGAGAAUACGAACCGCAAACCGGACCUCAAAAUGCCCCCGGCAUAAAUCCCCACCCCUCCAUCCUCCGCCGCCGAACAUCCAAUUCCCAAUCCAACGCCCGUCGCCGCGGAGAAUCCCUCUCCGCAAUGAACAAGCGCGUCGACUUCUCCCUCGGCAUGCAGGGAAUGUCCUCCGGAAUGGAUCUCGGCGACGUCUUCGACGAUCGUCCCAAACCACGCAUUCCCAUCCCCGACGUCACUUUCACAUCCGCCUCUCCUGGAGCCCCAUCCCGUCCAAGCCGGGAAACACAAUCCCGCGAGCGCGCAGAAAGUCUGGCACGUCAAUCAACUCGAGAUUCCUCAGCUCGAGGGGACCCACUAAAUCAAGUCCCCUCUUCUAAUUCCGGUCGCGCACAAACACAUCUAAAUCGAUUUUUCUCCCGGAGAGGAAAAUCCACAGCGGGUAAUUAUAAUUAUCGAAAUAGUAAUAGCCUAGAUGAAGAAGGGACGAAUCUCGAUGAGUUAGAAGCGGGUCUUCAUUUGCAUUCGCAUACGAGAGAUGUUCAUAGUAGUGAGUUGAGGGAUAUACCCGAGGCGUCGGGGAGUACGAGUACGACGGCGAAUGCUAGUCCUGGGUCUGGGCAUGGACAUGGAGUGGGAGCGAGGGGGAGAAUAGAUCCGAGGUCUGGGAUGGUGAGUGCGCGCGCGGUGGAGUGA